AUGAGUGACCACAGCGAAUCUUCACACGAGUCAAGCUCAGUGUUUGAUAAGCUCCGUCAGGAGGGAGACUUUUGUGAUGCAGUCAUAAAAGUCAAGGAUGCUGAAUUUCAAGUCCACAAGGUCGUCCUGUGUAAUUGCAGCCCAUAUUUCCUAGCUCUCUUCAGACGCUGGGCAACUCCAGACCAAAAGGUCUUUGACAUAUCGGGCGUGUCUCCUGACAUGAUGCAGUUCAUCAUUGAGUUUGCGUACACCGGCUCUGUUUCUGUGACGGAGGACAACGUACAGGAGCUGAUGCUGGCAGCCGAUCAGCUCAACAUAAUGGGCGUUGUGCAAACUUGCUGCGACUUCUUGGGAGAGCGGCUUUGCACCCAGAACUGCAUUGGCAUCUUUCAGUUCACCUUCAUCUGCUUCCACACCAGACUGCGGGCCAAGGCCUACAACUUCAUCAUUGAUCACUUUGAGGAGGUUGUUUUCACUCAAGAGUUCCUGCAGCUCUCUGCGCAGGAACUCACUGACCUCCUUGAAAGACAGGACAUCAAUGUGAGAAAAGAAAGCACUGUGUUUGAGGCCAUCCUUCGUUGGAUCGCCCACAUGCCUGAAGAGCGAAACAGUCACAUCGCUGUGCUCCUGUCUAAGGUCCGACUGGCCUUGCUGAGUCUAGACUACCUGCAGCUGAACGUGAUGGCCAAUGAGCUGGUGACAAACAACGCCAUGUGCCUGUCCAUGGUCAGAGAAGCUCAUGACAUCGUUGAUCACUUCGGGGGAAACAGGGCCAUUCUGUUUCAUCUCUGCAGCCCCCUUGUCCGUCCUCGCCUGCCUAAAGCCAUCCUGUUGGCCAUUGGAGGCUGGAGCGGCAGCAAUCCAACAAAUGCCAUUGAGGCAUAUGAUAUCCGCACUGACAACUGGAUCAACGUGACAAACUAUGAUGAACGUUCCCGUGCCUAUCACGGUACCGUCUUCCUCAAUGGGGAUGUCUACUGUGUUGGUGGCUUUGACAGGGCGGAGCAUUUCAACAGCGUGCGCAGGUUCAGUCUGAGCUCACGCACCUGGCAUGAGGUGGCACCCAUGUACUACCGCCGCUGCUAUGUGAGCGUCACUGUGCUGAAUGGGUGCAUCUAUGCCAUGGGAGGUUAUGAUGGGUACACACGACAGAGCACUGCCGAACGCUACACUCCCGAGACCAACCAGUGGAGUCUUAUCGCAUCCAUGCACGAGAGCAGGAGCGAUGCCAGCUGCACAACACUCCACAACAAGAUUUACAUCUGUGGUGGUUUCAAUGGGCAUGACUGCCUGCAAACGGCUGAAUGUUACCACCCAGAGACCAACCAGUGGACAAUGAUCGGCCUCAUGACCUCCCAGCGCAGUGGAGUUGGCGUCACUGCAUAUGCAGACCAUGUCUUUGCAGUUGGUGGCUUUGAUGGCUCUGCCCGUCUGCGCAGCGCUGAGGCAUACAACCCCCGCACCAACACCUGGCAUGAGGUGUCCGUGAUGGUGACUCCCCGCAGCAACUUCGGCAUCGCAGUGCUUGAAGAUCUGCUCUUUGUUGUCGGGGGCUUCAACGGCCACUCAACCACCUAUAAUGUCGAGUACUACGACGCAGCAACUAAUGAGUGGCAUGUGGCCUGUGACAUGGACAUUAACCGCAGCGCUGUUAGUUGCUGUGUGGUGUCUGAACUCGACAACAUGGUUGCCUACGUUUCACCUCGUGACGCCCUGCCAUUUGUAGAUUCGGAGGAUGAGUGUGCUGAGUUUGAGUCAGGAGACUCUGACUGA